AUGUCGACAGCAACUACAUCAACAACCACAACAUCAACAUCCACAACAUCGACAUCAACAUCAACAACAAUGGCGACAACGACAACAACAACGACGACAACGACAACAACAACAACGAACAGUAAGACAAAGUUUUCACUGCUAGCGCUUUGAAUAAUAGUUUCAAAGAAAUCAAAUUUUAAAUAUUUUGAAAACUAUACUUCUCUAACUUUCUUCUACUUCAUACAGACAUAAUACCCAGGCAGCUGAUUCCGUCACUGGGAUCCGUGAAUUUUCGGCGGGAUUCUACAGGAAAGAUACUCUUUCCAGUUGGAGAAGACCCGAAAAUGGUAGAUUCUUGAAAGGAGGAAUGCAAACGUCAUCUCCGGUUGCUGAUUACAGGAGAUUCGAGUAGUUUUCGACCGAUAAUGCAUAAAUUUAGGGUGUGGGGUUCCUAAUAAAAAUAGGCACUCCUACACUGAUGUCAACAUUGCACAACACAAAGCCCCCCCCCCGGCCCGCCC